AUGGAUUAUAACAAAGAUGAGACCAUCAGAGCUAAAGAGCUUGCGGAGAAAAAACUUGCGGAGAUGGGUGUUGUUGGUGCCAAAAGAUUUGCUUUGAAGGCUCAAAACUUGUAUCCCGAGCUUGAUGGUCUUCCCCAACUACUUGCAACUCUUGAUGUGUACAUAUCUGCAUAUAAAAAGAUCAAUGGAGAAGUUAAUUGGUACAGGGUGCUUGCUGUUCAACCAUUUGCUGAUGAGGAUACAAUUCGAAAACAUUACAGGAAGAUGGCUCUUGUUCUUCAUCCCGACAAAAAUAAAUCUGUAGGUGCGGAUGGGGCUUUUAAAAUUUUAUCGCAAGCUUGGAAUUUUUUGUCUGAUAAAGCGAAGAUAAUCGCUUAUAACCAGAAACGGAACUUGAGGGGCAGUUAUACUAAUGUUUCGCAUGGGAAAUCAUCGUCAUCUGCAACGACCAGUCCUAAUGGUUUCCAUAAGUUCCCUGAUGAGAACAUUUCAAACACCAGCGGUUGGAACGGUGCUACUUAUUCCACGCCUGCUCCUAGCACAAUGAGAAAUGACACCUUUUGGACAACUUGCAAUUCUUCAACAAAAUUCCGCCAGUCUCAUAAUGCUGGACACGCGAGAUUUUCUGGUAUAUCUACAAAAAUUACUCAAAAAGGCGGAUUUCCUAGAUCGGGAAGUAACAUAAAUGUGUCUUCAUCAGCUUUUUUCACCAAUGAAGCUACUGGUGUUACUCAUUCUGCCGGUGAAACAUUAAAGAGUGCACACAACAAAUCACAGACUGAUAUUACAAGAGGCAAAAACUUGCAGAUGAAAUGUCAUCCUUCUCAGAAAACUGAUGCAGGUUUAGUUACCGAGUCCUCGGCUUCUAUUUCUAGUUUUGCGGCAAAGAUUUAA